UUGCAUGGUGGGGAGGGCCGUGCCUGUGAUGGAGCUGGAUGAGCCUACAACACUCUGCAGUUUUGCUCACCUGUCUUGGUGUGUCUUUGGACUACGGAACAAAAUUGGAGAAAAUACUCACGUUUCACAGAGUAAAAUGCUACGUUUGCGAUGCAAGGCGAAGAAUGGAACCCACCUGAUGCAAGGGCUGACCUCGUCAUCCAGUGUCCAAGAACUGAAAGAUAAAGUGGAAGAGCUAACAGGGGUUCCGUGUGCUCUGCAGAAAAUUAUGGUGGGAUAUCCUCCAUGCUGCCUGGAUCUCCACAAUGGAGAACUGGCUCUCAAGGAUUGUCCUAUCAAAUCUGGAGAUACUUUGAUUGUGGAGGAGGAACGGGAUGUAGUGAAAACCAGAGCUUCCAUCUCAAAGCUUGGUGUGGAAAGCUCAGAUACGAGUACUUUCCCACACCUGACUCGACAUGUUGUCCCUGCAGACAACUCCUGCCUCUUCACAAGUAUCCACUAUGUGGUAGAAGGAGGUGUUUGUGAACCAAACUGUGCCCCAGAAAUGCGGAACCUGAUCGCCCAGAUCGUGGCAAGUGACCCCCACUCAUACACAGAAGCGGUACUGGGAAAGAGUAAUUGGGAAUACUGUAAUUGGAUUUGCCAGAGUGACACAUGGGGAGGGGCCAUUGAGAUCUCCAUUCUAUCCAAAUUUUACCGGUGCGAGAUCUGUGUCGUGGAUACACAGACCGUACGAAUCGACAGGUUUGGAGAGGACGUCAGCUACAAGAAGCGGGUGCUUCUGAUUUACGACGGAAUUCACUACGACCCGUUGGAACGGCGGUUUGAGGACCCCGAGACCCCACCGCAAACCAUCUUCUCCACAGCGGAUGAUGUUAUACUCGCUCAGGCACUGGAGCUGGGCGAUGAGGCUAGAAGAAAACGGCAGUUCACCGAUCUGAACAGAUUCACACUGCGUUGCAUAGUCUGCCAAAAGGGCCUGGUGGGUCAGGUAGAAGCUAGGGAGCAUGCUAAAGAGACGGGGCACACCAACUUUGGAGAGGUGUGAUGUUCAGAUAAUUAACUACCUCACGCUCCUGGAAUGCACUGGAAUAAUUCUUUAGGAACAAAAUGGAAUUAUAUGGAUCUUUUAAAACCUGGUUUGAUUAGUUGUGAGCUGAUCAAAUUGCUGGUUGUUUGAAAAGGUUAGUUCUCAUUCUUGAACUGCUGUUUACAUAGUAGGAGUUGAUUUUGCCUGAUCAAUCUAUUAUCAUACACCUCUCAUUGCAUAUUAAAAUGUUACUGCCUCAGGUUUUCCCCACUAAGUGUAUUAACUAACGGAGAGAUUUAAUUGCCAGAAAAAUGGCAGUGGUUUCUCCAGACUUUGAUUGUUCCCAAUUAAACUUACAAGAGUGAGCCAAACUGAAAACCACCUUACUGCAAAACAUUCAACUGAAGAACGUACAUGUAAACCUUUUGGUGUGAAUACUAAUUACUAUAGGUUCAUCAUUCCAGUGUGGGGGUGGGCAAGGGUAAGAGCACAGUUGCCUGUUUAAUGAUUUAAUAAGUUUUUAGUGGUCAGUUCUUCAGAAUAACAUACUGAGUUACCACUUUCAUUUCUAGCCUGUGUUGGUGGCCGGAAAUGUUUUUUAAUUGUUCUGCUGAGUUAUCAUUUAUUGCAGGGAUUUCUAACCUGGGGUCCAUGGACCCCUCGGUUAGUGGUAGGGACAUAAGAAAGGUUGCAAACCCCUGAUUUAUUGUAUAAAUGCUAGUAACCCACUUUCCCAGUCUAAGGGAAGUUUCACUGAACAGCCCAAGGCAACUCUAAGAUCAGGAAUCCCUACCCUUUAUAGAAGUGGUAAUGGCAUAUUGUAUUCAGGACUAAGCUACACAGUCAGCCAAAGUAUUUCACAAGUGAGAUCUUGAGGAAUGUUCACUGGAUAUUUUUGCCUCCCCUAAAAAUUCAGAAGCUGCUACAGCGUUAAAUUGUUACUUGAAAGGCAAGGGUUUGGUUCUUAAAUGAUUGUAUAAAACACGCAUGGAGGCAGCCCUAUUGGUGAUGCAGCUUCCUAAACAAAAUAACCAAGACAGAGUCAGUUCAGGCGCAGUUAAUAAAUUUGAAUUCUGAGGAAACAAUCCUUCUAUAAUUUUCAGAUAUGAAACUUUGUAAUUCCUUCACUAGCACAUGGAGAAUUGUUACUUGAUCUCAGUUACACUGUCAACGGGUGGAUCAGUGAGUGUCCUAGUCCAAAGCUUUCCCAGUAAACAACUUCUGGGUAAUCAAAUCCAUGAUAGUGCCUCUUAACAUUGACUCAGUGCACUGUAUAAGAAUUGAUGAUUUUUCAAAGUCAAACUUAAUUAAAAUCUACUCAUCUUAAAUCGAUAACACAAUUAAAAUCGCGGUCUGCUGUUUUAACCAUUACUCUGAAAAUGGCUUCUAUCCAGUCAAAAUCUUGACAGAAUUAGGGAUAUUUUGUAUGUGAAUCACUUGUAGACGUUAGCAAAGAAACUGGUUUGGAAAGCUGAUCUUUAAAGAUGACUUCUGGUCCCAUUGAUCUUUGAAGAUGACUUUUGAUUUAAUUGAUGUUAAAUUUAUUUAUGGAAGUAUUCAUUUUGUAGCAGGCCUAAACUGUUUUAGUCACAAUCAUUUUAUGUGCCAUAUGUUUUUAUCAGACAUACAUCAAUAUGUAAACAUUUAAGUUUUUUUAAUAUACUUGUAAUUUAUUUAAUGAUGCAUACAUAUUUAAAUAGUGAGAAAAAUUGAGUUUUUGGUGCUAUUAUUAGGAAGCCAUUUUUUUUUAAUUUCUAACGCUCUAUUUAGAAUUUUUCAGGAUUGAGUCAACUGCAAAUGAACAAUGUUCAGAUGUGAAAGCUCAGCUAACAAAUAUUAUGACUAGCAACUUGAUUUUGUUAUUGGCCCAGCAUGUGGAUGAUGUCUUUGGGUUGUUGUUUUCAGCUAAUUUUAAUAACUUAAGCAAAAUCCUGUUACAGGUUGUUAUCUGAGUAUGUGAACAUGCCAAAUUUUGUACCACAAGGUUAUUAUUGUAGUUGUUUAAUACAAGGUAAUAUUAGGAAACAGCUCAGCUUAUUCCAGAAAUCAACUGCUUGCACCCUUUGCUUCUCUUUUAUGUUGGGUGCAAAGUAAUGAUCUCUGUGGCAGCAAUGUGCCUUACACCCAACUCUGAAACUAAUAUUGUACAACAUCUCCAAAGAACACGUGGUAUUUUGCAAUACAAAGGAAAUGGGUUAAAUCAUUUGGAACUAAUUUCACAUCACAAGUUAAAGUGUGUCUCUGGUCGCCAGUGUGAGCUGGAGAUCAAGAGUCUAGUUUUAAUCCUUACCAGUAGCACUUCUUCAGGAUAAACUGUCCCCCUCAACUAUUCCUCUGUAGAAGUUCACUACCAAUAAGUGAGUCCCAUAGUGUCAUUGCUUUUCAAUCUAAAGCUAAUUUCCUUUCAAAUCUUCCUGAACAGAUGGCAUUACUAACCCUUGUUUAAGUGCUUUUUUUUUUGGACAGUCUCUUUUAAUUUUGGAUAAACUUGCAUGAACUUGAAAGAGUAUAUUCCUCCUUGUCAUGCCUUUGGCAAAUAAUUGCACUACUGCUAUGUGCCUGCAGGUGUCAUCUCAACCUAAGAGAUGCAACAAUCAUUGGUUAAUACACCAUCAGUAUGGUUCAUGGCUAGGUCACAUUGUGGGGUGUGAGAAGGGGACAUUUAAACAUUCUUGUUGCUGAAUGACUUUAAAAGAGUUUGCGUCUAUGCUCAUUAACUAAUAUCAUGUAGCUACUUGCUUGAGUUACUGUCAAGUUACUUCUAUAAUUCCUUGUCACUGAAAUUUAUUAGGAAUAUAACAGAAGGCCCUUUAGCCCUAUUAGUCGAAUGAUCCUAAAGAUCCAAAUUCAGUUCCUUGAACCUGCUUUCUUCCCAUAUCCUUUGAUUUACUUAACCAUUAAUAUUCCUCCUUGAAUAUAUUUCAGUAAUAGGUCUCAACUGCCUUCUCUGGUGCAGAAUUCCACAGGUUCAUCACUCUGGGUGUGGAUAUUUCUCCUCAUCUGAGUCCUAUAUGACUUGUCCCUUCUCAUUGGAGCCCCUUGAGAUGGCCCCCUUGUCCUUGGGCUGUGACCGUGAACCCGCUGACUAUCAACAACAUCCUGCAUCUGGUCUAUCCAGAACUGUUAAAUAUGUCAGAAUCAGGUUUAUUAUCACUGACAUAUGCUGUGAAAUUGUUUUGUUUUGUGACAGCAGUACAAUGCAAAACAUGGAAUAUACCAUAAAUUACAAUAAGAAAUCUAUAAAUAAGCAGUGCAAAAAGAGAAAUUAAUGGUAGUGUUCAUGGACCAUUCAGAAAUCUGAUGGCAGAGGGGAAGAAAAUGUUCCUAAAAUGUUGAGUGUGGCUCUUCAGACUCCUGUACCUUCUGCCUGAUGGUAGUAAUAAGAAUUGGAGGGGUCCUUUAUGAUGGGUGCUGUCUUUUUCAGGCAUCAGCUUUUGAAGAUCUCCUCGAUGCCAGGGAGGCUGUUGCCCAUUACGGAAUGAGCUGAGUUUACAACCCCCUGCUUCUUUUACCGAUUCUUUACAGUAGCCCCACAGUACAUCAGUAGAAAUUUUCUAGUCUUGGGUGACAUGGACGCCAUGUCACUGACCUCUAGAAAAUGUGUAGGUUUCUGAGUUCAUUCUAAACUCUACAAAAGAGCCCUAACCAAUCCCAUCACUGCAGGCUUGUUGAGGCAUAAUCUGAUUAUGCAUACUAGUGAAAAAGAAAAGAAUGAAUUCUGUUCCUUUGUUAGAGAUUACAUACGGAAACACUUAGAAGCAAACCAUUGCAGUUUUCCUAAUGUUUGUGUUAGCUUCACAGCCCACCCUAUACAUUUUCAAUGUUUAUAGCCUCUCAAUAGAAGAUUUAGAUUGCAUUUGGGCCCAGUGUAAACACAAGCAUUAUGUAAACUAAAAAGGGAAUUGGAAACACUUAAGGAAAAAUAAUUUGCAGGUCUUUAGGGAACAAAUUAACGUCUCCUCAAAGAGCUAGCAUGGAAUUGAUGGGCAGAAAUGGGCUAUGACAGGUCUAUAAUUUAUGAAAGGGUGUUAGAGAGAAACAACAAAAUGUGACAGACUUCUUAUGACAUUAAUGUUGAGAGCACCGUCUUACAAAAUUUGGCAGAGAAAAAAUAGAUUUAAUUAUCUAUUAUAAAAAUACCUUGUAACAUAGAUUAUUGUACUACAUUCAUUUGAUCAGUAUUUUAAAAUAAGCUUCAAUGACCUAUGGUUGGGUUGAGUUAUUCUCCAAAUUUUACUUUUUGGAGUUUACUUGCAAACAUUUCAUCACCUUGCAUGGCAGCACUGUUGAUUGUGGUGUGUCCUCUGAAUGCUUGGCCUUUAUAUACUUUUAAAUCAGCUGAUUGGCUGAGUGGUGAACUUUGUGCAUUGUGGUCAGGAAUUUUGCCCGCAUCAAUUCAUAUAUAGGACCGAGGUCUACAUGUUUUACAGAAACGUUUGAAAAACCAUGCUUCUAGGCAUUCUCUUGCAUGCCGUGUGUUCACUUCUGCCAUGACUUUCUCUGAUGCCCAGUUGAAAUUCUGCCCUUGAUCUUCAUGGAUAGAGACUAGGGAGAGUGGUCAUGCUGCUUAAAGCCAGUUGAUCUUCAUGGAUCUUUGUGGAUAGUUUUCUCCCAAUCUGGCCAACGUAAUAUUUGUUGCAGUUUUCGCACUGGAUUUUGUCAUUAUACAUUGGACUGAUUUUGAUUACACUUCUACAUUUCUAGAGCUAACAUUAAGUGCUGGAUCAUGUAAAACAUAUGGUGAAACACAGAAGAUUGUGCUCAUGCUGGAAAUCUUGAGCAACGCACAAAAUACUGGAGAAUCUUAGCAGGUCAGGCAGCAUCUAUGGAUUUCUCCAACUUCUGGUAAUUUCUCCCCAUCACCCUUCUUCCUUUUCCAUUCCACAUUCUCGUUCCCCUCUUUUACCCCUUCACCUCCCCCGGUGCCCCUCCUUCCCUUUCUGCCAUGGUCCACUUUCUUCUCCUAUCAGAUAAUUUCUUCUUCAGCUAUUUACCUCUUCCACUCACCCUUUCCCAGCUUCUCACUUCCCUCCCCCACCCACCUCCGCCUUCACCUGUCACCUGCCAGUUUGUACUCCUUCCCCUCCCCCCCACCUUAUUCUGGCUUCUGCCCUCUUCCUUACCAGUCCUGAUGAAGAGUCUUGGCCUGAAAUGUUGACUGCUUAUUCCCCAUCAUCGAUGCUGCCUGAUCUAUGGAGUUCUGCCAGCAUUUUGUGUGUGUCUGUGUGGCUAAGUGUUCGUUACAGCAGCUAUGAAACAUAACUGUGUUGGCAUGUGUUUCAUAAGCCCUUGGGAAUGUUACAGGCUGGCAGCACUUAGUCAAGAUUGUCCCAUUGUGCUAUUUACAGAAGCAUUCCAUAUUCUCAAAAUUCAGGUUCAGCAGAAUUAUUGUUGAGUUGACAACAAAAUGUACCUGCCAAACCUGCAUUCUAUGUUAUACAUUACAGCUGGAGUGGGUAGCAGUGAUAAUCAUUUUUGACAGCAGUUUAGUGCAGCUGUGUGUAUCUGCUACUUGGCCAAAAUCUUAGAGAACAAUCUCAAUAGAAUUGGACCAAUUAGGAUAUCGGUUGUGCACAGAUUUUAAUUUUACCCACUUCAAUACAAGAGGAUAAGUGUACGGGCUAACCCAUUGGUGUCCAUGUCAUAGAACUCAGCCAGAAGCAGGUUGGCUGGGCUGGCUGCUGCAUCUUCUUUUAAAACCAUCAAUACUACUCGAAUUCUCAUUAGAAUUAACAUCAUCUGCCUGUCUAAACAUAGGCAGAACCUACUAAUAUCGGCCUUGUUGAAGGUGACGGCAAACUGAAAAUUAAAAUGGAACUGUAGUUCCUCAGUAUUAAAGGGACAUCUUGUGUCUGUAUGGCCCUGCAAAUUAAUUCUCAAGCUAACACACAUCUAUUAUUUUUAUACUACUUUUUUUGUUAAUCUUCUCCUGGUAUUAGAGUUGAUUUAAAUCUUUGUUUCUUGUUUUUUAAAUUGUUACUUUUAAAUUUUUUACCCUUAGCAAAAAGAAGUCUCAUGACUUUCUCUAAAAUCUUAUAAGUUGUAACCUUGGCCCAACGAUCUCCUCUGAACAGAAGAACAUCUACCCCCUACUAAAACUUUAAGAUCACCAUGAUAGAAAUAAGGGUAUUAAGAUUAUUAUGUGGAUGGGGCUGUGUCUGACACUGACAGGAGGCCAGUGUAGGAGAGUUUUUAAAGUGGAAAGCCAUUGCACCAGGGCAGUUCCACUCAACCUCAGAAGUCCAGGUCCAGCAGUACAAACAAGCGUCUCAAACUGGGACCUUGGUUGCAGUGGAUGACCAUGACGUCUUCUGUACCUUGUCAUGCCUUUCGCUCUCCACGGAAUGUUGCAGAAUCACUUUCCUGACUGUUGGAUCUCACUGGAUCUCAUUUGUCCAGUCUACCAGAGCUGAUUCCACAUGCUAGGAUAGGCAUGUCCCUAACUCACUGGGGUAAGAGGCUGCUGGUUACCCUCACCUGAUUUAGCCCACUUGUCGAAGCAGUUUACCAGGGUGUGGCCGCUGUCACAUGGCAGACAGCUACUUGGAACUACCAGUGAGAGCUGAGUGUCUAGUCAGGACCAAAGGUGAGUGAGCUGCCCCAGAGUGACAUGACAAGCUGUUUCACCAGAGGUGCUACCCCUCCCUGGACAUCACAUAGAUGUACCCCAAGAUUAUUAUCUGAAUCAUGACUAAAACCUACAGUAUCCUAUACAACACUUUGCUCAUUUAAAUUAACUGACACAUAAUCUUCAUUACCAAUGGGAAUAUUUUCUUAAAACGCAUUUCUUUUGAAAUUUUGUAGAUAAACAUAAAUGUAGUUUGUCUUUUAUUAGAUGUUUGCUGUUGAUCUUUGAGUCAGUUCGCCAGCAAUAAAGGCAUUAAUGUUUUUCUUGCCAGCAAACCCUUGCUCCAAGACCAAGGGCAAGUUUAGCUUUUCCUCUGACCAAACUAAUGGAUUCCUGCUUUCCUUCUGGACCUCUGCUCCACUGGAAGAGAUUAGCCGAAAGCGGCUGUCCUCUUAGUUUCACAGAACAAGGUGCAUGUGAAAUUUUAGUGGGAUCGCAGAGAAUGGUUUACAGGAAGUUAUCACAAAGUUGCAACUAACAGCUAAGAUCAAAACGAAAGCAAAGCUGCAGUAAUAUGGAGACCUUUCCCCCAACAUUAACCAGAUUUAUUCCGUUUACAAUUGAGGUGAAAAAUAACUCAGUCACAGCUACAGUUUACUGUUUGAGCUUUUUAAUCCUUUUGUAAAUGAAUUUAUAUAUAAUUAUUUAAUGUAUAAUUAGAAAUAAUUUAUAGUUCAUGUGCAUAUGGUACUUGACUUAACAGAUACGUCAAGCAAAGGUCAGUGUACCGUAUAUGAUCUGUCCUUGAUUAGUUUGUUCUUUCAUUAUGUGCUAUGUUGUGUGACAUGAAUAAUCAUGGUUUUUCCAUGGCGAUGAUUAUUCUUGGCAAAUUUUUCUACAGAAGUGGUUUUCCAUUUCUUCCUCCUGGGCAGUGUCUUUACAACAUGGAUGACCUCAGCCAUUAUCAAUACUCUUCAGAGUUUGUUUGCCUGGCAUCAGUGGUCAUGUAACCAGGACUUGUGAUCUGCACUGGCUGCUCAUAUGACCAUCCACCACCUGCUCCCAUGGUUUCACAUGACUGGCAGAAUGGGAUGGGCUAAGCAGGUGCUACACCUUGCCCAAGUAUGACCUGCAGGCUAGUGGAGAGAAGGAGCAUCUUAUACCUCUUUUGGUAGAGAUGCAUUUCCACCUCGCCACCCAGCUGUAGGGGUAUCAAAUGUUAUGGGGAGAAGGCAGGAGAAUGGGAUUGAGAGAAACAAUAAAUCUGGAAUGGUGGAGCAGAUUCGAUGGGCUGAAUGGCCUAAUUCUGCUCUUGUGUCUGAAGCUCUCAUAUUUGGUAAUGGAUUACAGAAACAUUUUAAUACUGCUUUGUGCCAAUCAUUUCUUCUACAAUCAGUUGUAAAUCUCCAUAACAAACCCUUGGGGGUUUUAAGCUUCAGUACAUAAACUUUAGUUGAGCAAGGGUUUAAUGCAUGGUGGACUAGAAAUGUCUUUCAACUGUGAAUACUGUGGUUAUGUCAUUGAGCUGUUUAAUUUUCACUUAUUCAUACAUUUGCAUGCUUUCAAAAUGAUCCUUGCUGCCUAGCACUGAAAAUUAAAGUCAGUUUCUUGAGCAUGAAACUGGGAAGGCUCUUACAAAAUCUGACAUCACUUAAGUCGAAUAGGGUUUGAAUAAUGAUGAAUGCCAGAACUCAGCAAGUAAUUUUUUUUUCCAAAACAUGAUUUAGAAUUCUUGUUGUGGUGUAGAAAGAUUCCACUAAUUGGUUCUUGGUGUCACUAGUUAAGCAAUAUAAUGCCCAAAUAGAUAAUUGCCAGUCAGGGUAUCAUAUUCUGUUCAAUCUUACUAAGUUACCUUACUAGAUCUGAGCAGCACAGUGACGCAGUUAGUAGGGCCACUACCUUGAAAUAUCGGAGACCCCAGUCUGAUGCUUGCCUUGAGUGAUGUCACAUGGGUGCUUUAGUGUCGUACAGGCCAGAGAUGUGUGGGUAGGUAAGUUAACUGGCUACUUGUAUGAGGUCCGUGUGGUCACAUAGAAUCUGGGGGAGUUGAUGAAAAUGCAGUGCGGGGGGGGGGGGGGGUAGAUAAAUAAAGUUAAUGUCAGACCAUAAGACAUUGGAGCAGAAUUAGACCAUUCAGCCCAUCGGGUCUUCUGCCAUUCUACCAUGCCAAUCUAUUAUCCCUCAACUCCAUUCUCCAACCUUUUCCCCGUAAUCAAGAACCUCUCAACCUCUGCUUUCUCUAUUUCCUAUGACUUGGCCUCCAUCGCUGUUGUGGUGAUGAAUUUCACAUAUUUACCACCCUCUGGCAAAGGAAAUGUCUCCGCUUUUCUGUUUGAAAGGGAUGUCCUUCCAUUCUGAUGCUGUGCCAUCUGGUCCUAGACUCCCUCAUUAUCGGAAAGAUCCUCCCACUCUACAUCAGCAUUUGCAGUCACUUGUGUCUCAUUUGUUUUUAUAACGAGAGGUUGGACAAACUUGGGUUGUUUUCCCUGCAGCAGCAGAGGCUGAGGGAAGAUCUGAUGAAAGGCAUAGAAUAGGCAGACAAGAUUUUCCAAGGAUUCAUAUGUCUAAUACCAGACAGCAUGCAUUUAAGAUGAGAUGGGGUAAUUUUAAAGUAGGUGUGAAGGGCAACUUUUAUUUUUUAACGCAGUAGUGGGCAAUGUUCCCUCUAAUUUUUUUGUAUAUCUGUGUGGACCAACCAUUGCUCUGACCAGAAAUUCCAGCUGUGCAGCAGCAAAGCACCAUGUGUGGGAGCAUUUCAGUUACUGCACAGCCACACACCAGCGUAGCUUAGAGGGAACUGUCAUGAUGUGUGCCUGGAAUGCACUGCCUGGGGUGGUGGUAGAGGCAGAUACAUAGAAACAUAGAAAACCUACAGUACAGUACAGGCCCUUCGGGCCACAAAGCUGUGCCGAACAUGUUGUUCAUACCUUAGAAAUUACCUAGGGUUACCCAUAGUCCUCUAUUUUUCUGAGCUCCAUGUACCUGUCCAGGAGUCUCUUAAAAGACCCUAUUGUAUCCGCCUCCACCACUGUCGCCAGCAGCCCAUUCCACGCACUCACAACUCUCUGCGUUUUUAAGAAAACAAAAACCUACCCCUGACAUCUCCUCUGUACCUACCUCCAAGCACCUUAAAACUGUGCCCUCUUGUGCUAGCUAUUUCAGCCCUGGGGAAAAGCCUCUGACUAUCCACAUGAUCAAUGCCUCUCAUCAUCUUAUACACCUCUAUCAGGUCACCUCUCAUCGUCCAUUGUUCCAGGGGGAAAAGGCUGAGUUCACUCCACCUAUUCUCAUAAGGCAUGCUCCCCAAUCCAGACAACAUCCUUGUAAAUCUCCACUGCACCCUUUCUAUGCUUCCACAUACUUCUUAAAGUGAAGCAACCAGAACUGAGCACAGUACUCCAGGUGGAAUCUGACCAGGGGCUUAUAUUGCUGCAACAUUACCUCUCAUCUCCUAAACUCAAUCCCACGAUUGAUGAAGGCCAAUGCACCAUAUACUUUCUUAACGACAGAGUCAACCUGCACAACAGCUUUGAGUGUCCUAUGGACUCGGACUCCAAGAUCCCUCUGAUCCUCCACACUGCCAAGAGUCUUACCAUUAAUACUACAUUCUGACAUCAUAUUUGACCUACCAAAAUGAACCACCUCACACUUAACUGGGUUGAACUCCUUUUAGAAACACAGAAAAACCUACAGCACAAUACAGUCCCUUUGGCCCACAAUGCUGUGCCAAACAAGUACUUUAGAAAUUAUCUAGGGUUACCACUUUUGCCACUUAUCCCAGUUUUGCAUCCUAUCAAUGUCCUGCUAUAACCUCUGACAGCCCUCCACACACCACCAACCUUUGUCAUCAGCAAAUUUACUAACCCGUCACUCCACUUCUUCAUCCCAGGCAUUUAUAAAAAUCACGAAGAACGGGGUCCCAGAACAGAUCCCUGAGGUACACCACUGGUGACUGAUCUCCAUACAGAAUAUGACCCAUCUACAACCAACUUCUAUGGGUUGUUUAGAUAGGCACAUGAAUGUGAGGAAAAUGGAAGGGUAUGGACAAUUUGUAGACAGAAGAGGUUAAUAUUGUUAGCCAUUUCAUUACUAACUUAAUUGGUUAGGCACACCAUUGUGGGCUGAAGGGCCUGUUCCUGUGUUCUAUGUGUUUAUGCCCCAAUAUUCUUGUGUCAAAGACACUAUAAGUAGAAGCUGCUGCUGUGAGUCACAAUUAGUUCAAUAUGUGCUUGAAGAGGCAGGCUACAGUUAUUUUGUCUGCAUUCAAUGGCCUUGGAUCAGAAGAUUACAGCCAGCUCAUUACCUCAAGUACAUGAUGUAAAUUAUUUAAUUGUUAUUUAUAAUUAAUUAUCAUAGCUAUUAACACAAGAGAUUCUGCAGAUUGGAAAUCCAGAGCAACACUCAAUGCUAGAGAAACUCAGCAGGUCUGAACAGGGGCUCCAGAUCUGUGGUUCACAGACCCCUUGGUCAAUACUAGGAGUCUGUGAAUUAAAAAGUUUGGGAACCCCAGUGAUAAAGGGUCUUGGCCCAAAAUGUUGACUGUUUAUUCCUCUCCAUGGAUGCUGCCUGACCUGCUGAGUUCUCCAGUAUUUUAGUGUGUGUUGCAUUUUUUUAUGAAUGCAAUAAGUUCUCAAAUUUUCGUAUAAUUUAAUCAUGUUUAGCUUCUGACUAGGUCAGACCUAUUUAUCACAGCUAUUUAGAAACAAAAUUCCAUGGAGCUAUUUUAUCCUGAUUUAAUGGGAGCCCAACCACAGUGUGAAAAGAACAGGUUUGAUUAUGACAUCUUUACAAGGGAUCAUAUGUUUACCCUUUUAUUCAAUCCCCGGAAUGAAAGAGUAAACAUGAGGAAUGUUUGAUGUCUCUGGGCCUGUACUCACUGGUGUUCAGAAGGGUGGGGGGUGGAGGAUCUAGGCUAUUGAAUGUUGAAAGGCCUGAACAGAGUGGAUGUGGAGAGGAAUUUUCCUAUAGUAGGGUAGUCUAGAACCAGAGGGCACAGCCUCAAUAGAAGAACAUCACUUUGGAAAAGAAAUGAGGAAUUUCUUUAGUCAGAUGAAUCUGUGGAAUUCAUUGCCACAGACUGCUAUGAAAACCAAGUCAUUGGGUAUAUUUAAAGCAGAAGUUGAUGGGUUCUUGAUUUGUAAGGGGGUCAAAGGUAAUAGGGAGAAGGCAAGGGAAGGGUGUUGAGAGGGAUAAUAAAUCAGCCAAGAUCAAAUGGAAUGGUUGAGCAGAUUGGCCUAAUCCAACUCCAAUGUCUCAGUCAUGUAUCACUUUUAAGAAAUAAAAUUAGCCAUGGGUGCACCAAUAUUUGUGCUUCUCAUUCUAGGUAAUUAACUGCUGCCAUCUGCUGUUCCUGGAGCCAAAAACAAGCAUCAAACCUUGCAAUUUUGAAUCAUAAUGUAGGUGAAUUUUUAAAGCCAGUCUCAGAUUUAAAAUAACAACAGCAGUUGUAUCGUUCAGUGGGUUAGGAAGGAGCAGUGGUGAGAGAAUGAGUUACAUUGCAGGUUUUCUGCAUUAUUUUCAGUGUUAUUCAUUGAGGUUUUGAUAUUUAUUUGGUGUGUUGAAAGUUUAAUGUUUAGUGAUCAUGAAUAUAACAAAUAGCAUGAGAUCCUGAUGGUUUAAACUCUGGUCCAGUGAAUGCAGGAAGGAAAUGUAUGUAGUACAGGCUUUUAAUCCUUGGUCAAACAUAGUCAGCUGAAUAUUGCUGGCUGCUGUAAGCAGAUCAGGACUUUGAUGUAAUCAUAUUCCAAUAUGGAACUUCAGAAUCAGGUUUAAUAUCACCAGCAUAUGUUGUGAAUUCCAGUAUAUAUUUAAAUUACUACAAAAAUAGAAAUCAAAAAGUAGUGAGGUAGCAUUCAUGGGUUCAAUGUUAAUUCAGAAAUCAGAUGGCAGAGGGGACGAAGCUGUUCCUGAAUUGUUGAGUGUGUGCCUUCAGGCUCCUGUACCUCUUUCCUGAUGGUAGCAAUGAAAAGAGGGCAUGACCUAUGUGAUGGAGUGGUGCUUAAUGAUAGAUGCUGCCUUUUUGAGGCAUCGCUCCUUGAAGUUGUCCUGGAUACUACGGAGGAUAGUGCCCUUGGUGGAACUGACUAAGUGUACAAUUCUCUGCUGCUUACUUUGGUCCUGUGCAGUAGGCCUCUCUUUCUCCC